GGAAAGCGGAAGCGGCGCGCAGCACGUGGGGGCGGUGCUGGUCCGAGGGCGUUAGGUCUCCCGGGUUGUGGGAAGUAAAGCUUGUUUCGGCUACUGUGGAGGAGGAGGAGCGGAACAUAAGGGGUGGAGGGACGCCGCGGAGCACCGGGACCGGCUGAGCGUCAUGGAAGACUCAGGGGAGCAGCCGGGCCCACAGCCACCGCAGCCUGGGGGCAACCGCAUCCGUGAUGGAGACUUCGUGGUGCUGAAACGGGAAGAUGUGUUCAAAGCAGUGCAAGUCCAGCGGAGAAAAAAAGUAACUUUUGAAAAGCAGUGGUUCUACCUGGAUAACAUCAUUGGCCAUAGUUAUGGAACCACAUUUGAAGUGACCAGUGGAGGAAGUCUUCAGCCCAAGAAGAAGCAGCAAGAGCCUACUUCAGAGACUAAAGAAGCUGGCACUGAUAAUCGAAAUAUAGUUGAUGAUGGGAAAUCUCAGAAGCUUACUCAAGAUGACAUAAAAGCUUUGAAGGACAAGGGCAUUAAAGGAGAGGAAAUAGUUCAGCAGUUAAUUGAAAAUAGUACAACAUUCCGAGACAAGACAGAAUUUGCUCAAGAUAAAUAUAUAAAAAAGAAGAAAAAGAAAUAUGAAGCCAUCAUUACUGUUGUGAAGCCUUCUACCCGUAUUCUUUCAAUUAUGUAUUAUGCAAAAGAACCUGGAAAAAUUAACCAUAUGCGGUACGAUACCCUAGCCCAGAUGUUGACAUUGGGAAAUAUCCGUGCUGGCAAUAAAAUGAUUGUAAUGGAAACGUGUGCAGGCUUGGUGCUGGGUGCAAUGAUGGAACGAAUGGGAGGUUUGGGCACCAUUAUUCAGCUGUAUCCUGGAGGAGGGCCUGUUCGGGCAGCAACCGCAUGUUUUGGAUUUCCCAAAUCUUUCCUCCAUGGUCUUUACGAAUUUCCCCUCAACAAAGUGGACAGUCUCCUAAAUGGAACAUUUUCCGCUGACAUGUUAUCUUCAGAACCAAAAGACAGUGCUUCAGUUGAAGAAAGUAAUGGCACACUUGAGGAGGAAAAACAGACUUCUGAACAAGAGAAUGAAGGCAGGCUGGCAGAGACCCCAGAAGUCAAUCACUCAGUAGAGCAAGAAACCAUGGAAAUCAUCUCUCAAGAUCCAGAACAUAAGGAGCCGAAAGAGAGAAGAAGCAAAAAGGAUUAUAUUCAGGAAAAACAAAGGAGACAAGAAGAACAGAGGAAAAGACAUUUAGAGGCUGCUGCUCUGCUGAGCGAAAGAAAUGCAGAUGGUUUAAUUGUAGCUAGUCGUUUUCACCCCACUCCUCUGCUGCUGUCUUUGCUGGACUUUGUGGCCCCUUCAAGGCCAUUCGUGGUCUACUGUCAGUAUAAAGAGCCUCUGUUGGAAUGUUAUACGAAACUACGAGAGAGGGGAGGGGUCAUCAACCUCAGGCUAUCUGAGACCUGGCUCAGAAAUUAUCAGGUCUUGCCAGAUCGAAGUCAUCCCAAAUUGCUGAUGAGUGGAGGUGGGGGGUACCUUCUCUCAGGCUUCACCGUUUCCAUGGACAACCUUAAAGCAGAUGCCAACCUCAAGUCCGACUCAAGCACUUUAGAAACAUACAAGACCGAGAAACCAGCAGCUAAAAAACGGAAAUGCCCAGAGUCUGACUCUUAACCUGUUAAGAGUUACUUUGAUUUUUGUUCUAAAAGACAUCAUACAGUUAAUAAUUAAAUUUUAAAUGCCAUAACUAAUUGUUUUUCCAUAUCCUGAGAAUAAGAAAAUGCCUAUACAUUUGUUCCUGAGAAGGAAUAAGCCUUUUGUCUACUUUUGACACAGCUGGGUUUGGUCUGUCAAAACUGCGGCUCUGAGGUAUGCAGUGCGCUAAUGUGACCAAUUGUGUAUAUUUAACAAAAAUCCUCUGAGGACUUCUAAAUGCUCUGUGUAAUUAUCUUGAGAAUUUCAGCAUCCAAAAGAUGUAUUUAUACAAGACUUUGUUUAUAUUUUAAGCUAAGUGAAAUAACAAUAUAGCUAAAACUUGGUGGGUAUUGAAAGGAAGGAAUUUGUGGAGGAAAUUUCCUCUGUUCAUUCCUUUCUUUUCACCUAAGCAAUAUGGGUGUGUGUGUGAGGUUUACAGUACCAAAAAUGUCCAUUUUGUUCUCUGCAGUCGAAUAAGCUUUCUUGAAAUGCUAGGUUUUAUUAUAUUAAUAGUUGACAACCUGGGAGAGUUCUGAGUAUUUAUUUUAAUGCUUUUUUUGUAUAUAGCAAGGUUCAGUAGGGUACUUUUUUGGAUUAAUUACCAAUCCUCUCAUUCUUGGUUCAAAAUAAAGUAACUAGAAUUUUUGUGUAGUAUUCAAUUAAAGGAAACAGAAAU